AUGUCGUCAAGACAGGCCGCGCUCUCUCUUUACCGCCGAGCUCUGAAGCUUGCCCUGGACUGGACGGUCCAGCGCCAUCUCUGGCGCGGGCAGGCGAUCUACAUCCGCUCGCUUUUUGAGAAGAACAAGGACGUUAGCGAUCCAAGAUUACAGCGGGCCUUGUUGAAGGAGACGGAGAAACUGCUGGAGCACUGGAAACACCCAGACCCAUACAUUCAUCCGACUGCACCUGGUGGGUCCAAGUAUGAAAGGAACCUUCCAACGCCGCAUCAGGAUCCCCCGCCACGACUCAAGUUCUGA